UUCCGGUCGAGAGAGAGAAAAGGGGCGGCCCCGAGUGCCAUCCUCGCACAGUACCACAUUCAUUAUUGGGUUUUGAUAUAUUUCCGGUUUGGUUGUUUCAGUUUCUCUAUUAGCUGUUUGGGGUGGUGGGAGGGGAGAUUGAAGAAAAGCGGACCCUCGAAAGGCGGGAUAACGCAGGUGCGCAUGCGCAGAGCGGGACGGCGUGUGCUGCUUCAGUCAUUCUCCGGCCGAGGGUGGGGGGAUUUCUGCCCUCAAGAUAUCGAACUGCCAAGGAAGGAGGAGCUGGCUAAGAACUUGCGAGGUUUUCGUGCGCCUGCGCUGUGCGGCCCACUCCGUUCACUUUCCUCCCCCCCUUCACGCCGGUUCAUCUCCGAGGUGCGAAAAAAAAAAACCAAACAAAGCUAUGAGAGACCGAACGCAGGAGCUGAGAGAGAAAGAUGAUGAGUCAGACAAUGAAGAUGUUGAACGUGUGGCUCUUGUCACACAACAUGGAUUAGCAAAACACAGUAACUUCCCUGACCCUACUGAUGGAUUCUUCCAAAUGACACGUGACAUCCGUGAAGCCUUGAAGGUACUGGAAUGCAAAGUGAAGGACCUAGAGAAAAAUCAGACUACAGUCCUGGCUUCACCAAUCCCUGAUGACAAUACAAAGCAAGGCCUACAAAAGCUGCGUGAGGAGAUCAAGGAGUUGGCAAAAGACACCAGAGCCCAGCUGAAGAGAAUUGAGCCCACGAAGGAGGAACAAGAUGAGAACAGAAAUUCGUUCAACAACCGAAUGAAGAGAAAUCAGCAUGGAAUCCUUUCCCAACAAUUCAUGGAUCUCAUCAAUAAAUGCAACUCUGUACAGUCUGACUAUCGAGACCGAAAUCUGGAGCGCAUCAAACGACACCUACAGAUUACUGGUAGCACAGUGGUAUCUGAUGACGAGCUGGAUGAGAUGCUGGAGAGCGGUCAGACAGAAGUAUUUAUUUCAAAUCUCAUGAAGGACACACAAGUGACAAAGCAGGCUCUCAAUGAGAUCGAAACCAGACACAGUGAAAUCCUGAAAUUGGAGCGCAGUAUCCAGGAGCUACAUGACCUGUUUAUGUUCCUGGCUACAGAAGUGGAGCUGCAAGGAGACAUGAUUGACCGGAUAGAGAAGAACAUUCUAGACUCCGGGGACUACGUCAAGAAAGGGCAACUGCACCUUCAUCAAGCCCAGGAGAGUCAGAAGAAAGCUCUUAAGAAGAAGUUCAUGAUUGGCAUCUGCUUGACCAUCACAGUAUUCAUCAUUAUUAUCAUCAUCAUCCUGGCCAUUACACUUUAGAAGGACUUCCCCACCCCCUUGGGUCUCCCUUCAUGCUGCAUGAUCAAAGACUGAUGUAGUUCCCUCGGGCUGCAUCUCUAUCCUGGAACUGUUCUCCUUUCACUGGGGAGGCCUUUGCACUACAGAUGACUGGCGGGGCUCCUCCAGCUCUUCCAUUCCUGGAAGCACAUGCUGCCUAUGCCUAGAAACCUUCCCUACGUUCAAAACCAUGUCCCAGGUGCCUAUAAUGGUCAUAAUCUAGAAGACUGUCUCUGCUGCUUUGAUUUUGACCUUUGUGGAUUAUUUUUGUAAGGUUUUCCUCAAUGGAUACUGCAGUCCUGACUCAGAAAUGGUGAUCAGUCACUUCCAUGAAAGAAUCCUCAAAGAAAGAACCCUUUUUGUUGUUGUUGUAAAGGCACAACAAAGCAACACCACGAGCAAUUAUAGUUUUCCUUUACUGAUCAUGGCACUUCCCCCCCCCCCGCUAGUUCUCUCCCAAAUCCUGCUUCAGCACCUUCCUCAACCUAUCAUAGCUUGUGCCAUGUCACUUUAAAAAAAUAGGCUCCUCCCCACCCAAACUAUUUUGUGUUUGAUGCAAAGGAAGAUAAGAAUAUUCUGCAGAGGUUGGGGCAAAUCUUGAUCCUUCACAUCCUAUGCUCAGCCAUGCAGAGGGAACUUUACUCUUCAUCCUGAACUGAUUUGUUGGAUUUUUCUCCUUGUCUUAGAGACACAACCUAGUUUGAUAAACUAGGAAGAUGAACACAUCCUUGGUCCAUUCUUGGCUGAAAUAUUGGGGUUGCCUAGCUGUUUUCCAAUUUUCUUUAGAACUAUAGCUGUGUCUUUUCUCCACCUAUGUGCCUUAGGAAUUGUGUGCCCAACUUUUGGUCGUGACUACAGAUUACUUCAUUCUCUCCCUUGGAUCUUUUGAUCCUGAUUAAUAUCCCAGUGCCAACUUUAAAAGGAUUGAGAGUGAACUAUACAAACUUUGUCCCUUGUGGGAUUUGCACAGAGACCAAAAUACGGUCUAAAUAUCAUGUUCAGAGGAUCAGGUUAAAUCAAGGUCCAAAACUCUAGUAAGUCAAGUCACCUGGUGUUUUUCCAUGCAAGUCCAGCUAAAUUAUUUUGGGAAAUCAUGAUGCAAGUGGAAAUUAAGAUCUCCUGCUCUUGUUUUUAAAAAUCCAGUACUUUUAUAUUUUGAAAGAAAAGUAUCAGAGAAUUAAGCUUUCCCCACUUCCCCAAUUGCCCAAGUCUCAAUGUACUCAAAAGCAGGCUGACUAUAUUUUGUAAUAUAAAAUAAAAGCACUUUUAAAAACA